GAACCGCAGACCGAGUCUCAUGUCGGCGUCGUUCUCCAAGGCCGAGCACACGGUUGUGAAUGUCGGAGACGCCGAGUUUCCGCGCUUGAUUACCUGUGUCAAGGCGAGUCAGGGUUUUGACUGGAACCAGGAGAUGUUUCUGCCCAGUUACGCCGAUUUCCACUUCGACGACCUCGAGCGCCGCCAGGAUCCCGUCGAGGAUAUUGUGGUGACGGACGAGGAGGUCAAGAACAUGUUCCCGUCGUCGUGAUGGGUUGUUGGGACGGUCAGGCAUCACGAGGGUCAAGGCGUAUAUACAGUCUAAGGGUACCGUGUAUUUAGGGCGUUACAUAUGGAGGCGCCGGUCUGAGGGUUCGGUCGUACGGCGUUAUGGGGGUAUUUAUGUGUGUUGCGUUCAAUUAUACAGCAUGUCGAAUAACAACCCAACAGAUGAAUCUACAAACAGAUGUGCAAACGAA